UUUGCGCAUGGUCGGGCACUCAGCAGGCGGAAAGCGACGAGAGUGGAGUGGCGAUGUCGGACUGGGAAGCGGACAGCAGCGAUGAACAGGAGCAGAGGCAGAGGCCAAGGUCCGAGUGGAGGCCGCCGGUAUGCCGGAACCCGGUCCCCAGCCGGAACCAGAGCCAGAGCCAGAACCAGAACCGGAGACGCCUUCGGAGCGAGCUGGGGGCCGGAGACCGUUGGGAGAUCCGCGGGGACUCGAGCCGGGGUCGGCGGGGGAGACAGUCUGGGACCGGGGGCCGGGGAGGUGGCGGGGGGUCGGCCCGGGACUCCCCCACCCCAUCACCCUCUGCCUCGCCGUUUCUCAGCUUCUACAUGGAGAGUGCGGCAGUGGGGACCGUGAUAGGUCGAGGAGGAUCUAAAAUACGUGAACUGGAGGAAACAUCAGGAUCAAAAAUACAGAUAUUAAAAGGAGACUUUGAAGUGGAAGUGAAGCUCUUCGGCAGCCACGCAGCCCAAAUGAAAGCCAAGGAACUGAUUGAGAAUAUUGUCGAGAGGAGAAAUACAGAUGAGGUGAAUGGAGCUAGGAGGACUGAUCAAAGCAUUGCAUCAAAAUUUAGCAGCAGUGCAAGGGCCAGCUUUGACACUUACUCUGCCAAGUGUGGCAGCGUGAACUCGCCCCGUCCUGUCAUCAACUGGAACUCAUUGCGUGAGAACAAGGAGAAAUACGAAGCUAUGAAGUGGGCUGGCCUGUCACCAAUUAAAAAAAACUUCUACAUCGAAGCUGAGACAGUUGUCAAUAUGACAGCAGAAGAAGUUACAAAUUGGAGAAAGUUAAACAACAAUAUAAUAUGUGAAGAUAUGAUUGAAGGCAAAAAGCGGCACAUUCCUAAUCCAGUGCGUACAUUUAUGGAAGCUUUUCAGCAUUAUCCAGAGAUCAUGGCAAAUAUUAAGAGAGUUGGGUUCCAGCAUCCAACACCUAUCCAGUCUCAAGCGUGGCCAGUAAUUCUACUGGGGAUUGACUUGAUUGGAAUAGCCCAGACAGGAACUGGAAAAACUCUGGCGUAUCUUUUACCUGGGUUCAUCCACCUUGACCUGCAGCCAAUGCUGCGGGAGAAGGGUGAUGGCCCUGGGAUGUUGGUCCUUACUCCAACUAGAGAGCUUGCUCUUCAGAUACAGGAAGAGUGCAACAAGUACAGUUACAAAAGAAUUAAGAGCAUUUGUGUUUAUGGAGGAGGAAGCCGUAAAGAUCAGAUCAACGUCGUUACAAAAGGAGUGGACAUAGUUAUUGCAACUCCCGGACGGCUGAAUGAUCUUCAAAUGAACAAUUAUAUCAAUCUGAAGAGUAUCACUUAUUUGGUGUUGGAUGAGGCAGAUCGAAUGUUGGAUAUGGGAUUUGAACCUCAAAUUAUGAAGAUUCUUUUGGAUAUACGACCUGAUAGACAGACCAUUAUGACCAGUGCAACAUGGCCUGAUGGGGUUCGGAGAUUAGCAAAAUCAUAUCUGAAGAAUCCGAUGAUGGUUUAUGUAGGAACUCUGGACUUGGCAGCAGUGGAGACCGUGGAACAAAAUGUACUAGUUAUCCCUGAAGAAGAGAAAAGAAGCUACACACUUCACUUCAUUGAAUCCAUGAACCCCGUGGACAAAGUCAUCAUCUUUGUGGGAAGAAAGCUUACAGUUGAUGAUUUGUCGAGUGAUUUCAGCCUGCAGGGAAUCCCAGUCCAGUCUCUUCACGGUGAUCGGGAGCAGUGUGAUCGCGAGCAGGCCCUGGAAGAUUUUAAAGAAGGGAGAGUUCGGAUUCUUAUUGCAACUGAUCUUGCUUCACGUGGACUUGAUGUACAUGAUAUCACACAUGUGUUUAACUUCGACUUUCCUCGCAACAUAGAAGAGUAUGUGCAUAGAAUCGGGCGGACUGGCAGAGCAGGUCGCAUGGGAUCAGCAAUAACGCUUCUCACAAGGAAUGACUGGAGAUUUGCUGCAGAGUUGAUUGCAAUUCUGGAACGAGCGUGUCAACCAGUUCCUGAAGAGCUUCUGACAAUGGCAAAACGGUAUGAGCAGAACAAAAUGAAGAAGGAGUAUGAGCGGGACCUCGCAGCCUCCCAUGGUGAAGGGCGCAGAGGUCGUGGGCAAGGCAGAAGAGGCUGGAACAAAAGAAACUGAAGCAAUGAGCCCCACUUCUUGCUGCCAUUUCUGUAAACGGAAAAAACAAACCUGAAUUGUACACCGCAGCAAAGUGCAAGUUACUACACAGACACUAUCCCGGGACACUUGAACAUUGCACUUUCCUGCAUCCUUCAGUCUUUGGAUAGCUGUAAGAAUGUUUUUUGAACAAUUGCUUUUUUUCUUUUAUGUAAGCAGAAUGUUAUUUUCUACUGAGGCCAUCCUUUUGUGGAAGAAACGAAUGUGGUUCCAUUCAGUAGCUGGGAAAGCAGCAGUGUGUGCUGCCCCUGGGUGUUGAUGUUCAACUUUCUGCAUAUUUCACUGUAUUUUAUUGGAAGAUGAAUAAACACACGGCCAGUUCCAA